AUGGGCGGCGAGCAGUCCCAGCCAGAGUUCUGCCUGUGCGAGAAUGCCUACGGCGACAAGGGAAUCGAAAUCCCUAUCCUGGACGCGGUGUGGCACACAAAAGACAUGCAGCUCGUGUCCACAGUGGGCUCCCCCAACUUCGCCCUGAUCCGAAGGGACGGCAGCGUGGUGUUAUGGGGAUGCAGCCGCUGUGACAGUAGCAGCGUGCAAGCGCAGCUCUGCAACGUGCGCUCGAUCAGCACCAACGGCAAUGCCUUCGCCGCCAUCCGCGAAGAUUCGAGCGUGGUGACGUGGGGCGUGCCAGCGAUGGGGGGGGAUUCCAGCGAGAUCGUGGGUGGUCUCUUCGAUGUGGUGGCCAUCCAGUCCACGGCCCGGGCAUUCGCUGCCCUGCGUGCUGACGGUUUUGUGGUCACCUGGGGCGAUGUUGACUCGGGGGGCGACAGCCGAAGCGUCCAGGAGCAGUUGACCAACGUGCAGCACCUCCAGUCCUCAGUCGGGGCUUUUGCGGCCAUUCGCAGCGACGGGGCUGUAGUCACCUGGGGCAGCGCGGACGCGGGGGGCGACAGCAGCGCAGUCCAGGAGCAGCUGGUGGGGGUCCAGGCGCUCCAGUCCAGCGCCCGGGGCUCCUUCGCGGCCUUCGCCGCGCUCCGGGACGAUGGCCGCGUGGUCACCUGGGGCGACCCGGGGUCCGGGGGCGACUCCAGCAGCGUCCAGGAGAAGCUGAAGCGAGUGACCGCCAUCCAGUCCUCCAAAGGAGCCUUCGCCGCCAUUUGCGAGGAUGGCACGGUGGUCACCUGGGGGGACGCCUUGUCGGGCGGCGACAGCAGCCAUGUGCAGGGCCUGUUGUACCAGGUCACCUGCAUCCAGAGCUCCAACCAGGCCUUCGCGGCUCUCCGCUCGGACGGCCAGGUGGUGUGGUGGGGCAAGGCUCCUGGCGCCGACCAAAACACGCCGCCGCUGGCGGCCAGCGGCGUGCGGGCGGUGGCCAGCGCUGCGCGCGCCUUCGCGGCGAUCAAAGUCGACGGCUCAGUGGUGGCCUGGGGCGACCGCCUGGCGGGGGGCGACGUCUCGCAGGUGAAGGAGCAGCUGCAGCAGGUGGAGGCGCUGAGCGCGUCGCGGCUGGCCUUUACGGCGCUCAGGAAGGACGGCCAGGUGGUGAGCUGGGGCGACCCUUUGCACGGGGGCAAGGCCCCGGACCAUUUGCACCAGGUGAGACGUGUCGUGGCUUCCCAGAGCGCGUUUGCGGCUGUGUGCGGCGAUGGCAGAGUGGCCACCUGGGGUCAUGAGGACUUCGGGGGUGACAGCUCCGCCGUAGAUCACCAGCUCGCACCCGUUUGGCAGAUCCUGGGAUGA